AUGGUGGACUUGUGGAGCAGCUGGUGGUCUGGACUGAGGGGCCUAUAGGUGGCGCUGACUUCAUGUUCGUCAGGGGCUUUGGCCUGCCUGGCACCUAGGGAGCACUCGACAGGAGAUGCUCCUAAUGCCAGUCAGCUACCUGUGCCAGGUGGGCUGGGCCACUGCCAGGCAUGCAGGGUAAGAGCCAGGGCACCAUCCUUCAGGUGGUGGGAGCUGGCUUGCCCUCCCUGCUGAGCCGGUUACUCCAUCUGUCUUACAUCUUUUGGGCCCAUCAGUGGCUGUUCUAGGAGGACUCCCUCCCAUUUCCCUCUUCCCUGUCCUGGGCUGUGGGUGGGUAGGGGUUUGGGUGUGUUUGUGUGUGUGGCAUCCAGGCAACAGCACAGACUUCCCUCUGCCUGCCACUGCCCCACACCCUGCACCACGUGGCAAUUUGUUGGGCUAGAUGAUAGCUGCACGCUGGCUGUCAUGGGGCACGAAUUUGUCCAGCAAACAGAUUGAAGCGAGUGUGAUGGCAGGGGUUCCAGGAUGAGCACAGCUCUGGCUCCGCCCCUGGGGCCCCUGUCCAGAUGUGGGGACAGUGAACACAGGCGGGACCAUGGUUGCUCCAAGCACGACAUCAGGACUCUCCCUCACAGGCCCUGUGCACGGUCCACGCCAAAGGGCUUUCUCUGGGCCUGGGGGCCGACAGUUGGGCAGGACAGUUCACCUCAGGUGUGAAGGCACCCCUGGACCUUGGGUCUGGACCAGAAGCACCUGGAAGCGUCAUCAGGUCUGGUGCUUGCUGGGCUGGGUGGCGGGCUCAGUAGUGAAAGCCCCUACCCACAGGGCGCCAUGUUUUGGAAGUUUGACCUGCACACGAGCUCGCACCUGGACACGCUGCUGGAGCGGGAGGACCUGAGCCUGCCCGAGCUGCUGGACGAAGAGGACGUCCUGCAGGAGUGCAAGGUCGUUAACCGCAAGCUGCUGGACUUCCUGCUGCAGCCGCCACACCUGCAGGCCAUGGUGGCGUGGGUCACCCAGGAGCCUCCAGCCAGUGUUGAUGAGCGUCUGCGCUACAAGUACCCCAGUGUGGCCUGUGAGAUCCUAACCUCAGACGUGCCCCAAAUCAAUGACGCGCUGGGCGCGGACGAGUCCCUGCUGAACCGGCUCUACGGCUUCCUGCAGAGCAGCGGCUGCCUCAACCCGCUGCUGGCCAGCUUCUUCAGCAAGGUCAUGGGCAUCCUCAUCAACCGCAAGACCGACCAGCCCCGCCUUGUUUCUCACCCCAAGUGGCUCAACGAGGAGAAGAUCGUCCAGAGGCUCAUCGAGCAGAUCCACCCAUCAAAGGACGACAAUCAACAUUCCAACGCGUCCCAGUCCCUGUGUGACAUCAUCCGCCUCAGCCGGGAGCAGGUGAUCCAAGUCCAGGACAGCCCGGAGCCUGACCAGCUGUUGGCCACCCUGGAGAAGCAGGAGACGAUCGAACAACUCCUGAGCAACAUGCUGGAGGGGGAGCUGAACCCGUCCGUGCUCGUCAGUGGGAUCCAGGUGCUGCUGACCCUGCUGGAGCCCAGGAGGCCACGGUCUGAGUCUGUGAUUGUGAACAACUUCUUCAGCAGUGUGGACGGGCAGCUGGAACUCCUGGCCCAGGCGACCCUGGACAGCUCUGUGUCCAGCAUGGGUGCCCUGCACGCCCUACGCCCCCGGCUCAGCCACUUCCACCAGCUGCUGUUCGAGCCCCUGGAGCUGGAGCCGCUGUGCACGACAUGGGGCACCCUGGACCCACCCCUGGGCAACACACGGCUGCAUGUGGUCAAGCUGCUGGCCAGCGCCCUGAGCGCCAACGAUGUGGCCCUCACCCAGGAGCUCCUGGCACUGGACGUGCCCAACACCAUGCUGGACCUCUUCUUUCACUACGUGUUUAACAACUUCCUGCACACACAAGUGGAGGUGUGUGUGAGCACCAUGCUGAGCGCUGGGCCCCCUUCCCCUUCUGACAGCAUCCUCGAGGCACCUGCCCCAAACCCUGUCGUGAAGCACCUGCUGCAGCAGUGCCGCCUGGUAGAGCGCAUCCUGACGUCCUGGGAGGAGAAUGACCGUGUGCAGUCCACAGGGGGCCCACGGAAAGGCUACAUGGGCCACCUGACGAGAGUGGCCAACGCCCUGGUGCAGAACUUGGAGAAGGGGCCCAAUGCCGAGCAGCUGGGGCAGCUGCUGAAGGAGCUUCCCGCCGAGCAGCAGGAGCAGUGGGAGGCCUUCGUGUCGGGACCCCUGGCCGAGACCAACAAGAAGAACAUGGUAGACCUGGUGAACACCCACCACCUGCACUCCUCCAGCGACGACGAGGACGACCGGCUCAAGGAGUUCAACUUCCCCGAGGAGGCCGUGCUGCAGCAGGCCUUCAUGGAUUUCCAGAUGCAGCGCAUGACCUCGGCCUUCAUCGACCACUUCGGCUUCAAUGACGAGGAGUUUGGGGAGCAGGAAGAAAGUGUGAACGCGCCUUUUGACAAGACAGCCAACAUCACCUUUUCCCUCAAUGCUGAUGAUGAGAAUCCCAACGCCAACCUGCUGGAGAUUUGCUACAAGGACCGGAUCCAGCAGUUUGAUGACGACGAGGAGGAGGGCCAGGGCUCUGGGGAGUCUGAUGGGGAGGACGGCGCCUGGCACAGCAGCCAGCUGGCCAGGGGGGCCCGCCUGGGCCAGCCCCCGGGUGUGCGGAGCGGAGGCAGCACCGACAGCGAGGACGAGGAGGACGAGGAGGACGACGGGGACGACGGAGACCAGGACGAGGGGGAGGAUGGGGAGGACGGCCCGGCGGAUGGCCAGGACGGCCAGGCGGCCCGCGGUGGGGCCGGGCCCUCCCCUUUCCCCAGCCCCGGCCCCCAGCCUCCCGGCCCCGGCUGGACAGCCGCCUUCGACCCAGUGCCUGCAGACACCCCCACCAGCCCCCGGGGCUCGGGAGGGGAGGAGCCGUGCGCUGGGCUCCCCACCCCUCCAGGGCCCCUCGGCGUGCCCCAGGGCCUCCCUGCCCCAAGGCCUGCCAGCCCUGCCCUUGGCACCCCGCAGCUCAGGUCCCAGGACCCCACACCCUCCUCAGCACCUCAGGAAGCCUCAGACAGCGGCAAAGUAGCGGAGCCCUCAGCCCCCUGCCAGGCCUUGGUCAGCUUCAGGGACUUCCAGGCCACCCUCAGAGAGACAAGCUCCGUCCCCAGCUCCUUGGACAGGGCAACCGGAGACCCUGCUACCUCUGUCCCAGCCCCUGGAUUCCCCCCACCUCCCCAGACCGUGGAGAGGGAGAAGAGCCCAGAGCCCUUAGGGCUCCCCCAGAGCCAGAGUGCCCAGACCCUCCAGCUGCCUCCAAUGCCCAACGGCUCUGCCCAGGGAGGGCCAGUUUCCCCAGGCUCCCAGUGA